AUGUUCGGUGACCGUUGUUUCAGAACCAAAUCUUGUGUAGGUUGGUGUCGGCAAAUCCGUAACGAGCCAAUUAAAGGUCUGCUGUUCGGUUGUGCAACGGAGUGGCUCAAGCAGAGAAAUAGCCAGCCUUCGACCUGGCAGAUGGGUAUGAAAGAGAUUACAAAAUCUCUGGGCGAUGUCGGUGCGACUAAGCUUCCAGGAUGGGGACCGCGUGAUCUUCAGUGGUUGCAUACACUGCACAAUAUAGCUACUAAUCUGUUGAUGGUGUUCUUGUUGUCAGAGCGAUCGUUUAAAGUUUGCGGGGGUUUAGUAUGGUGGAACAACUUUAUUUGCUUUGGCUGUUUCCCCGUUGGACAGUCCUCUUACGAGUUACGCACUUACCCAUCGUUCGAAAGGCUUGAUGACCAAUUUGUUUCAACAUGCUCUCUAAUUGGGUCCGAAGAACCUCUACUCGUGGAUACAUUUGACAACCUCCUUACUCUGCUGACAACUGAUGGGAGGGUACAGGUCUUCCGACUGUCACAAAUCGAUGUUCCAGCAAAAAAAUAUCAAGUAACCAUCUCAGUAGUACAAGUAAUUGAUUUGAACAACCUCAUACUUCAUCCGUCGUGCAUUGUACGAUUGUGCCUUUCGUCGAUUACUGCCAACCUGCCAAUCCCUGGUGAUGCUGUUCAGAAACGUCAAUCAAAAGCAGACGAAACGACGAUUGCCAUGGAUCCCACCGUUUCGGAACACUUCUCCUUUCCUUGUGGCUCAGAUCCUGCCAACCCAACAUCCAACCGUGUGAACCGACCCUGCAGCCUGCUUCUCAACUACGGUGGGUACCUAUUCUUACUACAGCCCAGUAUAUCAUCGGAUGCCGGAACUUCCGGUGUUCGUACUGAUUCAAACCAAAAGCCGCUCUUAUUGACCCCAUUCCUCAUCGCCUCGAACGUUGAGCUGACUUGGCCGGCGACUUCUUCAGACGUAAAGAUUGAGGAAAUUCUUCCCCCGGCUGCUCCGUUGUCGUCUACUGCAGACCAACAUCGCCUGCGCCCGUAUCUGACACAUUCAUUAUGGCUGUAUUGUGGAGCAAUUGGUUUGCAAGUUUGGCUUCCAUUGCCACAUUUGCAUUCCAUAUCUCCGCAACUGAGCCCUACACGUCAUGUACCACCACAUGCUACACGUUCAUGCAGUCAAAUUUCCGAUCCGGCCAGCCCUUCUCAACUGCCAAACCACACACACCCUAUGAUACACGGACGGACACACCUCUCACCUGGUUACAUAUCACGUCGAAUCAUGUUGUCGAUUGAACUAGAAGAGGACGUUCGCCCACUGGCUAUACUGUUCCAAGAGGCCGUUUUGGUUGGCGUAAUAAACGAGUUUCACCAGCCGUCAGUCAGCAUGCGAGAUCCCGACCCAUCUGAUCUAUCGAAGGAUUUUUACUCCAUUCUGCCUUAUGGCACCUCACGUGUGGAGACCCAUGCAUUCCUCCACCGUCUGAUUCAGGAGCUUCUACGGAAGAACCUCGGUGCUCACGCGCUUCAGUUGUGCUCCGCUUACAAGGAACUUCCACAUUUUCAUCGGUUGCUGGAAUGGUUGCUACACGAAGUUUUGGAGACAGAAGCAACGUCGAAAUCUCCUAUUCCUGAUCCAUUGCUCCCCCAGGUGGUCGCAUUUAUUCAGGAAUUCUCCCAGUUUCUAGAAACCAUUGCCUAUUGUGCACGGAAGACCGAGGCUGCCCGUUGGCCCCAUCUUUUUGCUGCUGUUGGACGAACUCCGAAGGAUUUGUUCGAUCUAUGCAUCGAAAAUAACAAUUUGGAGGCCGCAGCUUCUUAUCUUAUCAUACUUCAAGCUUCUGAACCCGUUGCACUUAGUCGUCAGUGCACUCUACAUUUGAUUGAGGUUGCUGUCGAUUCCUCACAGUGGUUUGUAGUUCGGGAACUCAUGCGCUUCGUAAAUGCCAUUGACCCUUUAGAUUUCAAGUUCCCGAUGGAUGGUUCAGUCAUAGAGCCAAAGCAUGAUACUGCACGCUCAAAAGACCCUCGACCAGAUCCUUACUCUGUCACGAACCAGCGUACGACAUUUUUCUCCGAUCCAAAGGCUCCACAAAGCACACGUUCAGACUUAUUGCUGGCGUUACAUUCAGGCAAUGUUGAAGUCGAACCUGUGCAUUCCCCCCGAAAGCCAUUGUCCUUGUCAGAGAGUGACAGGUCUGAUACGAAUGCGCCCAAUCUAAGCAGUGGAAUACAUCAAUGGCUAGCUCAUAAGGUCACAGAACUAUUUACUCAAGGCUAUCUGCGUCAACUGGCGGAGUUGGUAACAAACUUUCCAGUCUUCUACUCGUCCUCGGCUGUUUAUCAUAGUCCGGAUCUCUUGGCUAGCUGGAUUGCUUCCCAGAGGUUUGACCUGCAUAUCGUAUUGGAUUGGCCGGCUUCACUGGUGCAGCUACACAAUGAAUUCAACUAUCCAAUGCCAUGUGCUUCUACUCAGCCCCUCGAGCAUGCGGUGGAAAGUACAUCUGCAUUGGGUUCUUACCAUACUAAUUUCUCCAUCCACCCAUCAAAUUCCGCCUCAGCUACGUCCAAUAAAGCCCUGAGACAGCUCCGAUAUUUGCUCAGUCAGUUACUGCAGGGUGGAAGCUUUGAAUGGGCUUCACUGGUUGCGUUGAUGGUUCAAGAUCGCAACGGGUUACUCGAGGCAGUUACAUUAGCUGUGGAUGCUUCCACAAGAUCGACCUUGUCUCGUCUAAGAGAUCGACACUCAACCUGUCAUACAAACGAACGGCGCUCCUCGGGUUUAUGGCGUCGUGUUGUGGGGUCACAACAUCAACCAGUACCAUCUCAAACGAGCAACGAGAAUAGUGACCAAGAGAGUGGUGGUCCAUAUAGUCCAUUGUUCGGAGAUCCUCUGAGUCGUGUUCAUGCCGGCCUGAAACAAGUGGACUACUGGGCUACUGAGCACUGUUCAUUGUAUCACCAAUUUAUUGACGAACUACAACCAGACUUGGACCAAGUUGUUGAGCAAGCGAGCUCAUUUUUUGGUCAGUGUGCUUCAGGGACAAUUCUUAACAAUGCACAGUCCACCUGCGAACAAUCUCGGCUAGUCCAAUCGGACAUCAUCUUCAACAGCUUUACCGCUCCUGACGCACUGACACGGAGAAAAGAGGCGAAACUCUACGUGGAUGAUGCAAGUCAACUGGAACCGUGCCUUAUGACAAACUGGGACGGUGAUGUCACAUUGCAACAUAGGACAGCACAUGCCAGCGAUAUCUCCUCCAUCAAGUAUCAAUCACAAAUCCUUGGCAUGGAUGGGCUCACUGUAUCCAUACCGGAUUACCACGAAUCUAUUCAUUCCAAACUCGAGCCAGGCCUUCGAGCGAACGGUCUGCCUAUGAACUCCACAGUAUCCCAACAGGUCAUUUUGCUUCCUCUGUCGAAAGAAUACGAAAUGGAGUCGGUCGCAGACGAGUAUCUCGUAAACGGUACAGAAGAAAUCUCGCUAAGCGACAGUUCCAAAUCUCAAUAUGCGUGCGUUUUAUCGUG